UCGUACUAAUUUGUGGGAAGUCGUAUUUCUUUGCUGUCACUUUCUGUUCAAGUUUAUUAGGGUCAUUCGCCAGUGUAUCAUAUUCUUCCUAGUUUUAUUUAAGGUGGUUUAAUCACCGAGUGUCAACAGGUAAAGACCUCGUUUUUUUGUUAUGUUUAUUUAUGCAUACCUGCUCGAUAAUAAGAGCUAGAAUUUUGUUUUUACGCAGCAGAUUGGUUUAAUUCGCAUGUUAAUAAAUGAGAAUUAGACAUUACUUAAAUUUUCAUUUUUAUUAUUGUACUCUUGGUAUAAAGUCAUGGAAAUUAUGGCAUUGCACUUGACUCUGCUUAAAAGCAUAAAACACAAGCAGUUGCUCAAGAUGUUUUCAACUGACCUUCACUUUAUAAAAUGUGUACAGUGGCCCACUCGGACCCCUCAGCCUCAAGUGUAGUGGAUGGAGGACUGUCAGAUGAGUUUGCGGUCCCCUCUCAUGUGGAAGACGUCAAGAAACUCAUGGUUGAGUUUGCAGAACGUCAUGGAUCAGCCGGUCGCAGAGUAGUUCUGAUCACCUCAGGAGGCACCAAAGUCCCUCUGGAAUCCCGAACAGUACGUUUUCUGGACAACUUCAGCAGUGGUCGGCGUGGGGCAUCCUCUGCGGAGUAUUUUCUUUACUCUGGCUAUGCAGUGAUCUUUCUGCAUAGGCAUCGAUCUCUCUAUCCGUACUCUCGACUGUACACGGGUGUCAAUUUACUGGACAGCCUAAGAUUAGAGACUGAUAAGGACAAUGGUCAGGUUCUGGUGGAUCAGAAGGCACUUCCAAACAUUGCAACUGUUCUAAAAAGCUAUCAGGCGGUUAAAGCAACAGGAUUACUGUUGCCAGUGGAAUUCAACACCUUAUCAGAGUACCUCCAUCUUCUCAAGGCUGCAGCACAAGCAUUAAGCUCCAUAGGGUCCAAGGCUAUGUUUUAUUUGGCUGCUGCGGUCUCUGAUUUCUACAUCCCAGCGUCUGAAAUGCCAGAACACAAAAUUCAAUCGUCUAAUGGACCACUUCAGAUAAGUAUGAAAAUGGUUCCCAAGAUGCUAAACCCAUUGGUGAAGGACUGGGCACCUCAAGCGUUUGUCAUUUCUUUCAAGCUAGAAACGGACCCAUCAAUCCUUUUGGAGCGAGCACGUCGUGCCUUAGACAUUUACAACCACCAGGCAGUAGUUGCGAAUGUGCUGGACACGCGCCGUGGUUAUGUGGUUGUUGUCACCAAGGACACGCAACAUGAGUUGGUUCUCACAGAUGAGGAAGUGCAGAAUGAGGUUGAGAUUGAGGAACGGAUUGUCAGCAAUCUGACCAAAGCACACAGUCAAUUUAUGUCUCAAGUAUGAAAAACUUUGCUGUGGUUUCAUAGCAUUUGGGCUCAAGUUGUUUUUUCAGGCAGAUCUAGGAUCAGAUUGUGUUGUUGUUUGUAACAGCUGUGGUUAAGAUUUGGACAGUGAGAGUCUGUUGCCAUCUCUGAUAUGCAAGUCCACAAGUUCAGAAAGCUUUCCGCUGUGAAAUAUGGAUGUAUGCUUGGAUAGGUUUAAGCUAUCAUAAUAAACAUGCCUUCUAGAUCAUCUUAAUAUCAUAAAUCAGUUCAUGUUAAUUAGACGUUGAGUCGGUCUGCAACAAAUCACACAGUGGGCCUUAUUCAUGAAACAUGAGCAAAACAAAUCUGUAAGUAAAUAGUUUGUAAAAACAUUCUUGCAUAAAUCAUAGCAUUCAGUUCAAUGUAGCAGUUUAUGCAAGAAUGGGUUUAUGAAUGAUAUACACAGAAAUUUGUUCUGCUUGCGUUUCAUGAAUAAGGCCCAAUGCUUUUAGUUAUGACGCAAGUGAAGGGAGUAGUAUGUAUAAACUGUUUUCCCAAUAAACACAAAGUAAAGCAA